AUGAGCCAACAAUUGUCACUGCUUGAUCUUGGAUCUGAUAUCAUUGAGUCUGAAGUCAUUCCUCAUUUGUCACCAGAAGACAUCCAGUCUUUAAAAUUGACCUCAAAGUCCUUAAAUGAAUUGGUGGCGCGUUCAUCAGUUGUAUGGCAUGAGCUUUAUAAAAAAACAUUUGGAACCAAACCAACAGCAUUUUCACUAAACAAAUGGCCUGAUUUAUAUUCAUUGAGAGCUAAGGGUAAAUUAUACACUUGGGGUGCUAUGAGUAGUGGGAGGUUGGGUUUAUCAAGUCAAGAUGUUCCAGCAAACAAUAUAGAUAGACAAGGGUUUUCAGCAGGUGUUGUAAAACCAACUCAAGUCCCAGGUAUUGAUGAUGUAUUGGCUGAUGUUUCAGCAGGUGGUUUCAGUUUCCAAAUACUUACUGGUAAAGGUGAGAUAUAUUCAACAGGAUCUUAUCAUGCUGGUCAUUCAUCAGGUCCUGGUCCAAAUGAAAGUGAUCAUAAUGAGUUUCAAGAACAAAUGAGACUACAAGAACAGAUCUUUAUAACACCAAUUAGAAGAGGUGGAAGAGUGAUAAAUCCAUUAGUAGGAAUGCCAUUAGGAAAUCCUAGACGUGUUCCAAUAUCUGAACCACAACCAAUGCCUGGUGCAUUCCCAUCAUCUCCAUAUCAAAUUCCAGAACAAGUUGAAGUGGAAAACAAGUCAAAAAUUGAAAAUAGAUUCUUGAAGAGGGAAACAUCUGGUAAUCUUGAUGAUACAAAAUUUGUUAGUGUAAGUUCAGGUAGAUCUCAUUUCAUAGCUCUUGAUACAUCAGGUAAUUUAUGGAGUUGGGAUGGUGGUGAAUAUGGUGUUAAAAUACGGUUUGAAGAUAAGAAUGGGAUUAAUUUAAUUCAAAAUGGACAUGUUGUUUUAAAAGCUGCUGCUGGUUGGAGUUCAAGUGUUGCAUAUAUUUAUAAUUAUGGUCUUGUUUAUUGGAAACAAAGAGAUCCGUUGAAAAAAGAUGAUACCGAUGCAAGGGCACAUCAUAGACUAAUACCGAAAACUGGGGAUAUAAAAGGUUCUGAAAGAGUUGUUGAUUUUUUCGCAGGUGAUGAGUUUAUUAUUUAUGUUACUGCUGAAGGUAAAGUUUAUAGAAAUGAUAUGAUUGGUGAAGAAUCAAUAUUAUUAGAAAAAUUUCAUAAUCAUUUAAAGCUUAAUGCAAACUCUUUAGCACCAAAAUUUACAAGUUUAAGUGGGAAUUUCAAUCAUUUUGCAGUGUUUUCCAAUGAAGAUAUUGUAUUGAUAGGAUCAAAAAACAGUGAUGAACCUGAAAUUAUUGAAGAAUUACAACAUAAAGAAUGUAUAAGUUUAGCAGUUGGUGAUUAUCAUUUUCUGGCAUUAUUGAAAGAUGGUACUGUAUUGUCUUGGGGAUUAGAAUCAAAUAGUUGUGGAUGUUUAGGUCUUGGUAAAGAAGAACCAAAUUUUAUAUGGGAAAAUAAUUCAAGAAGAGUUCGUAAACCAACAAAGAUUGAUGUUGAAGGAAAAGUUGUUGCAAUUGCAGCUGCAGGAUGGCAAUCAAGUGCAAUAAUUAGUGAUGUAUAA